AUGACGUUGCAUGGGUUCCCAGGGGAGGUAGUCUGCAGAACCUUCCCGUUGACUUUGAGGGGACUAUCAAGGACAUGGUUUGGCUCCUUAGCACCUGGCUCCAUUGAAAAUUUCAAGGAGUUGGCUCACUUAUUCCUCACCCAUUUUAGGGUCAGUAGGAGAAGAAGGUGCCCUACCGCUUUCCUCCUUACCACCAAGCAGAGGGAACAAGAGAACUUGAAAACCUACUUGGCCAGAUUUAAUACGGAGCGCAUGACCGCAGAGGAUCAAGAAGAAAAUAUCAAUUUGCCAGCACUCCUUGGAGGAGUUUGGCCCCGGUCCACGUUCAGGGCAGAACUGGCUAAAAGGAUCUCCAUGACUCUGAGAGAGUUCAUGGAUCAAGCCGACAAUUAA